AUGAUAGAGGGCAUCCAAAUUUUCUCUCUUUUUUCCAGGCGGUAUCUGGCAUACAACCUGACACCUGUUGCUGGAGUUGCAGCACACAUAUCACGUAAUGGCCACCCUGCUGACACUUAUUUGUCAAGCUCCAUCAUGGCCCCUCUUCCUUUGUCUGGUGUAAUAAACAUACCAGUCACUGUUCUUGGAUGUUUCCUCGUGCGUCACAACCAAGGUCGUUACCUCUUCAAAUACCAAGACACUGAAGGUUUGACAGAGGUGCAGUCUGAUGCUGGAAAUCAGUUGAUUGAAGCUUGGAACAGAGAACUGAUGUCCUGUGUUCGGGAUUCCUAUAUUAAAAUGGUGGUUGAAAUGCAGAAGUUAAAAAGAGAACCUUCAAUUUCCACUCUUGAGUCAAAUGCAGGUCGUACUGUUAGUGUGGCUUUGAAUGCCUAUGGUGAUCAAAUUUAUUCCUUCUGGCCUAGGUCCAAUGAGCAUUCACUGAUUGACCAUCCUGGUGACGGCAAUCAUGUAAUUCCAGUGAAGGUUCUUAAAGCAGACUGGAAAUGUUUAGUUGAACAAGUAAUAAAGCCUUUCUAUGCCCGCCUUGUUGACCUUCCUGUGUGGCAGCUAUACUCAGGAAAUUUAGUCAAGGCUGAAGAGGGUAUGUUCCUUUCACAACCUGGAAGUGGAGCGGGUGGUAGCUUGCUACCAGCCACAGUUUGUGCCUUUGUGAAGGAACAUUAUCCGGUGUUUUCAGUGCCAUGGGACUUGUUGACUGAGAUCCAGGCGGUUAGAGUUACAGUACGAGAGAUCAAACCUAUGAUGGUUCGCAACCUUCUUAAGGUUUCUUCAACAUCUAUCGUUCUUCGAUCAGUUGAUACAUAUGUGGACGUCCUUGAGUACUGCUUGACUGAUAUUCAGUUUCUGGAGCCACUGAUUCAAGUGGUCCCAAUACAUCAAAAGGUCUCAGCAGCUCUGAUUCUGUUCACAGAUCAAAGAGUUCAUGGGGUGUCCACCCCGAGCCCAAUCAGUUCAGGAGGAGAUGCUCUUGAAAUGAUGACAAGUUUAGGAAAGGCCUUAUUUGAUAUUGGCCGGGGAGUUGUUGAAGAUAUUGGCAGGGCUGGUGUUCCCUUGUCUGAGAAUAACGUCUGUGCAGGUAGUAACAUUGAUGGCAUCAGUAGAAACGGCGCCUGGAAGCUUCAAUCUGUAGCUGCUGAACUCAAAGGCAUACCAUGCCUGACUGCAACAAAUCAUCUAACAAAGUUGGGGGUUACUGAACUUUGGGUUGGAAACAAACAGCAACAAACACUAAUGUUUUCUUUCGCGGCAAAGUUUAUCCAUCCAAAAGUAUUAGAGCGAUCAAUGCUUGCUGAUAUUUUUUCUGACUGUACUCUUCAACCAUUAUUGAAGCUGCAAAGUUUCUCUCUUCGCUUGUUGGCUAAUCAUAUGAGGUUUCUAUUUCAUGAAAACUGGGUAAAUCUUGUUUUUGACUCAAAUAUGGCUCCAUGGUUUUCAUGGGAGAACACUGCGAAUUCUGGUGGUAAAGGGGGUCCUUCUCCCGAGUGGAUUAGGCUCUUCUGGAAAAGUUUUAGUGGAUCCUUGGAAGACCUUUCACCUUUUUCUGAUUGGCCCCUUAUACCUGCUUUUAUGGGCCAGCCUGUAUUAUGCCGUGUAAGAGAGCGUCAUUUGGUCUUCAUUCCCCCCCUCCUUAAUGAUUCAGAUUCUGCAAAUGCUGUUAUGGGUACAACAGAAAGUGACCUUCCUGGAUUAUGUAAUGAGUCUGGAUUGAUACAGCCCUACAUGGUAGCUUUUAAAGUUGCAAAAGCAAAAUACCCUUGGUUGUUAUCGUUGUUGAACCAGUGCAACAUUCCUAUAUAUGAUGCUGCUUUCUUGGAUUGUGCUGUUCCAUGCAACUGUUUCCCUACACCUAGCCAAUCAUUAGGGCAAGUUAUAGCAUCCAAGCUUGUUGCAGCUAAACAUGCUGGCUAUUUUCCUGAACUCACUUCAUUUUUAGCUUCAGAUCGUGAAGAACUCUUUACCCUAUUUGCUUCUGAUUUCUCUUCUAAUGGCUCCGAGUAUGGAAGGGAAGAACUUGAAGCGUUGCGUGAUCUGCCUAUAUAUAAAACAGUUGCUGGGACGUACACUAGAUUGCACCACCCAGAUCUAUGUAUGAUCCCUUCAAAUACAUUUCUCAAGGCAUAUGAUGAGCGGUGUCUUUCUUACACCACAGAUUCAGAUGCAAGUUCAUUACUCCGAGCUCUUGGGGUCCCUGAGUUGCAUGAUCCACAAGUUUUGGUAAGGUUUGGGUUGCCUCGGUUUGAAGGGAAACCUCAGUCUGAGCAAGAGGACAUUUUGAUAUAUCUUUAUACUAAUUGGCAGGAUCUCCAACAAGAUUCUUCUGUAGUUGAAGUGUUGAAGGAGACUAAUUUUGUGAGGAGAGCUGAUGAACUUUCACUAGUUCUCUCUAAACCCAGAGAUCUUUUUGAUCCUAGAGAUGCCUUAUUGACAUCUAUAUUCUCGAAUGAGAGAGAAAGAUUUCCGGGAGAAAGGUUUGUUACAGAUGGAUGGCUGGGGAUAUUAAGGAAAACCGGCCUUCGAACAUCAAUAGAAGCAGAUGUUGUACUUGAAUGUGCCAAAAAAGUGCAGUUUCUUGGAGCUGAAUGUAUGAAACCUAUGGGGAUUCUUGAUGACUUUGACACAGCUCUCUCCAACUGGCAGAAUGAAAUUUCUUUGGAAAUUUGGUCACUAGCUGAAAGUCUUGUCAAAGCAAUAUUCUCAAAUUUUGCUAUCCUUUAUGGCAACAAUUUCUGCAAUCUCCUAGGCAAGAUUGCAUGCAUACCUGCUGAAAAGGGCUUUCCAAAUGUGGGGGGCAAGAAAGGUGGAAAGAGAGUGCUCUGUUCAUAUAGCGAUGCUAUUUUAUUGAAGGAUUGGCCGUUUGCUUGGAGUUGUGCUCCUAUUCUUUCCAGACAGAGUGUAGUUCCACCUGAGUAUUCUUGGGGAGCACUCAAUCUGAGGAGUCCUCCAGCUUUUUCUACUGUUUUGAAACACCUGCAGGUUAUUGGAAGAAAUAGUGGUGAAGACACUCUUGCAUAUUGGCCAGCAGCAUCGGGCUUGAUGACUAUUGAUGAGGCUUCUUUUUCUGUCUUAAAGUAUUUGGACAAUGUCUGGGGUUCCCUAUCUUCUUCAGCUUCUGUUUUGGCUUUUGAUCACAUUUGA